AAUCCAUCACCCUUUCCCAUAGUCUUCUUUACCAACACCGUCACCCCCAAUCAAUGCGUUUCAUUUUUCACAUUUUCUCUCCCUCUCUCUUUCCCUUUUCUCUCUCUAAAAUCAAUCUUCCUUUUUGAACAAGUGAAGAUCAAAGCAAACCGAUUUACUUCUCAAAUCUUAAUCCUUUUAGAUCUAUCUAUCUAUCUACCCAUCUUUCUUCCUUCCUCCAUUUUUUUCGCGUCAUGAAUCCGCCUCCACUUUCGCUUCCUUUACACACUCAAUCCUUUCAUUGGUAAUAAUUGAUUUGCUUUACUGAAAUUUAGAGAAGGAUUAUUGGGAGUUUUUUUUUUUUUUUUUUUUCCUCCUUUCCCUUUGAGCCAAUGGCGUCUGUAAGCGUAGUUCCUGCUUCUGGCGUUGUAAGAGAAUCCAGUGGGAACGCUGCUGGUGUUGAUAGAUUGCCUGAUGAGAUGAAUGACAUGAAAAUUAGAGAUGAAAAGGAAGUGGAAGCAACCAUUGUUGAUGGAAAUGGGACGGAGACAGGUCAUAUUAUUGUCACUACAAUUGGUGGAAAAAAUGGCCAGCCAAAGCAGACGAUAAGCUAUAUGGCUGAGCGUGUUGUUGGACAUGGAUCUUUUGGAGUAGUUUUCCAGGCAAAGUGCUUGGAAACUGGGGAAACGGUUGCCAUUAAAAAAGUUCUUCAAGACAAGAGGUACAAGAAUCGGGAGUUGCAAACCAUGCGUCUUCUAGACCACCCAAAUGUUGUGUCUCUGAAGCACUGUUUCUUUUCAACUACUGAAAAAGACGAGCUCUAUCUUAAUCUUGUACUUGAGUAUGUCCCUGAGACGGUCCAUCGGGUGAUUAAACACUACUCCAAGAUGAACCAAAGGAUGCCGUUGAUAUACGUUAAACUCUAUUUUUACCAGAUUUGUAGAGCACUUAAUUACAUUCACAACAGCAUUGGAGUGUGUCACAGGGACAUAAAGCCUCAAAAUUUGUUGGUCAAUCCUCAUACUCACCAACUUAAACUUUGCGAUUUUGGAAGUGCUAAAGUCUUGGUGAGAGGGGAGCCAAAUAUAUCUUACAUCUGCUCUAGGUACUAUCGAGCACCUGAGCUGAUAUUUGGGGCAACUGAGUACAGUACAGCAAUUGAUAUCUGGUCUGCUGGCUGUGUUCUAGCUGAAUUGAUGCUUGGACAGCCUCUCUUUCCGGGAGAUAGUGGAGUUGAUCAGCUCGUCGAAAUAAUUAAGGUGUUAGGCACCCCAACAAGGGAGGAAAUCAAGUGCAUGAAUCCUCACUACACAGAGUUCAAAUUUCCCCAAAUUAAAGCCCAUCCAUGGCAUAAGAUAUUCCACAAGCGAAUGCCACCUGAAGCCGUGGAUCUUGUCUCAAGACUACUACAGUACUCACCAAACCUUAGAAGCACGGCUUUAGAGGCUUUAGUCCAUCCGUUUUUCGAUGAGCUGCGAGACCCGAACACCCGCCUGCCGAACGGACGUUAUCUUCCUCCAUUAUUUAACUUUAAGUCUCACGAACUGAAGGGUGUACCAGCGGAGAUGCUUGUAAAGCUAAUACCGGAUCAUGCUAAAAAGCAGUGUGGCUUCCUCGGAUCUUCUUCUUAGUGAUAUUGUCUGCUUCUCGCAGGAAAGAAAAAAAAAAAUUGUCUUUAUAUUGUAGAAAAAGUAGCCAAAGUGUUCAAAUCUAAUUUGGUCAUAAUUUGAAGCUGCUGUGAUCUCUCCUUGUUUAUUCGUUACCUUUAUUUGUUGUUGCAUCUAUACAUUACUUUAUUAUUUGUAUGUAGAAGGCAGGUAAAGAAGUACUGCUUAUGUGCACUGUGCUCCUUAACAUCUUUGGGCUGUUAAAAAGAGAAAAAAAAAAUCUUAUUUUAUGAA